AAAUGGUUUGAUCAGAUGUUCAAAUGAUGGAUGUAUGUAUUAGCUUGUUUCUUUUUGAAUUUGAUCACAGGCACAGCAGAGCAGAGUUAAGAAAUGUCGAGCUUUUUUGAUCUUCUGAGAUGUCUUUUAUGUUGUGCCGAUGAGCCUGAUUGUCGCCGAACUUCUUCCGAUUAUUCAAGAAACCGUUCUGAUGAAGGAACCCUUUACUAUGAUGACUGUGUUCCCAGUCCCAGGCUCAGCUAUUUGCCUAUUUCAACUUCAAUUACUUCAUUUCAACCUCACUACUAUUCUCAUGAUCUUUUUGGUACUUCUUCACUUCGAUCACCGGAUUCACCUCCAACCUCCUCUUAUAAACCACCACCUCUAUCAACACCGGCAUCUCAAUAUUAUUCAUCUAUUAAUAAACCGCCCGUCACUUCUUUUAUCAGUUCAUCUUCUUCAUCAAAACCAACACUAUCGUCUACUAUUAAACCAUCUUCAUCAUCCCCUAAGAAGCCACCUCAGCCAACAUCAUCUAAUUCUAAGCCAAAUCCAUACUCCCAAAUACCUCCACCACAAUCUUCGUCUCUAUCUUCUCCAAAAGUUCCUCCUGUUUAUAAGUCAAUUUUAUCCCCUGCCUCCUCCUCCUCCUCAAAUGUCAUAAAUCAACACCGACAAGAUGGGAAGAAAACAGCAUAUGUGUGUGUUGAAGAGGAUUCAUUACCUGUAUUCAUGAUUCCUGAGGAUAUCAAAGCCUUGAUCAAGAACGACACUGUGCCUAAAAUUCUGAAUCGCCCUUUGUCUCCCACAACAUACAAGGAUUACUUUGCCGCUCUCUUAUAUUCUGAAGAUUUCUACUUGGAGAAAUGGAGUGAUUUCCUUUUGAAGGGUGUGACAUUGGAGUUGGAGAAAAGCCAAAUUUAUAAAAAUGGCAAAAAGGAAGGUAAAACCUUUGUAGCAUUUGAGCUUGAUUCUGUUCCUGAGGAACGUCCAUUCCUCUUAUCAAGGGACUUGGUCCUUGCACGACCAGUGGGUAACAGUACUGCUGAGCCCUUUCAGGGCUUCAUCAAUAAAGUAGUUAAGAGCAAACGCGUUCUGGUUGAGUUUGAAGAUGCCUUCUAUUCUAAACAUCAUUCCAACAAAAAAUAUGAUGUCAGCUUCUCAUUCAAUAGAGUUUGUUUGAAAAGAGCCCACCACGCAAUUGAAACUGCAUCAGACGCCUUGUUUCAGAACUUCCUCUUCCCUGAUUGUGACUCACGAGUGAGCAUUCCUACUACAUCAGCUCUGCUUUCUACCACAUAUCAUAAGCUCCCUCGAGAUCGACGUUCUGCAGUUGAACAUAUAUUAAGGAUUCAGGGCUCACCACCUUAUGUAGUAACUGGUCCGAACCCUUCAAGAAUUGGAGAGGUUGUUAGUGAAGCAGUAUACCAAUUAUGUCAAAAGUCACCAGAGUGUCGGAUUCUUAUCUGCGCGCCCACUAACAGCAGCUGUGAUGUACUGAUGACAAGCUUGGCAAAGGUGAUUCCAGAGUCGACUAUGUUUCGUGCCAAUGCUGCAUUCCGUGAGAAAGAUGAGGUACCUGAGGAUAUCCUCCGGUCAUCCCUUCACAACGAGUUUUGUUUUUAUUGUCCUCCAAUAGAGAAACUCCGGAAAUACAGGGUGAUUUUCUCGACUUUCAUUAGCAGCUUUCGACUACAUGAUAAAGGCAUAGCGGUUGGACAUUUCAGCCAUAUUUUCCUGGUGGAUGCUGCAUCUGCUAUUGAGCCGGAAACAUUGGUAACCCUAACUAACUUUGCUGACAAGACUACUAGUGUUAUAGUUACCGGUAGCCCUGGACAUAGCCCGCGCUGGGUUCGUGCUGACAUUGCCAGGAGAAAAGGACUCAAGAUAUCAUACUUUGAAAGACUCUGUAAGCGCAGCCCCUAUAAAAGCCUCAGUCCAAUGUUCAUCACACAAUUAGACGUAAACUAAAAGUCGGACUCAGAUUACCAAGCCAGAGUUCCUUUUUCAGUUGCUUUUGAAUGUGUGUUUCAGGACUCAUGUGCUGCUAUGUAUUUCUAUAGAUAUCUGGUAUGGAUAUCACGUAUGGAACUCCUUUAUCAAAUAGACAAGGCAUUCAGCUGUUUGUUUU